AUGAGAAACGAGAAUGGAACCCUGGUCGACGAGGAUCGAGUGCAAAUUUGCAACAUCCCUGCAUUUACGACCCACAAGCAGUUGAAACAAUUUUUGCAAAAAAGUUUACCCGACUUUGAGCUCAAGAAAGUUCGUCAAAUGCGAGACACGGCCUACGUUUCCUUUGAAAAUGCCGAGGAGGCAAAUAAAGCAAUUCUGAUGAUCAAUGCCCUCGUUUUAAAGAAAAAUCAACUAACUGCUCGACUUGCGCCUACCGAUUUGAAGAAAUCAACUGAAAAACCAAAAUCAACAACGGACAUUGUGAACCCGGAACAACUGAGAAGUAAAACGGCUCGAUCAAUUGUCACACCGUUGGCGGAGCUUCCAUAUUUGGAACAACUUGACAAAAAAUGGAACACUUCACUUGAAGUUGCACGGCGCUUGCUGAAUUUGAUUAAGAAAAAUGAUGGAUCGGUACCGGAAGCAGCCGAAUCACUCUUGAUGCAGGUUGUGCCAUCUCCUAUCACUUCGGCGUAUCGGAACAAGAAUGAAUUCACCGUUGGCCACGAUCUCGACGGAAAUGUGUGUGUCGGAUUUGUUGGGGGAAAAUUUUCGGAAAAUAAGCAUUUUGUGAUGCCGAUUGAAGGAUGUGAUGUGAUCUCGACUCAAACGCGAAAUAUAGUGCACGAUUUCAGCAAAUUUGUCGAUGAUAGUGGUUUGAAACCGUUUGACGAAUUUGCUCGCACAGGUACCUGGAAAAUGUUAACUGUUCGUGAAUUUAGUGGUGACACUAUGCUCAUUGUUACGAUUUUCCCACUUGGCGAUGAGGGAAAGUAUGCUGAAGUAAAAAGAAUGCUGGCUGAACGAUUUAUCAAUCUGGAGACAUUGGCGGUAAAGGGUUACAGAAUAACUUCAUUGUACGUUUCUGUCAUGGAAAAUGCCAGUGAUGCUACAAAUUUCUCUCUCAUUGCAGGAACUCCCUUUAUAUAUGAGACGUUGCUUGGUUGUCGAUUCCGUGUAAGUCCUGCGGCGUUUUUUCAAACAAACUCUGCUGCUGCAACAAUUCUGUAUUCAACGAUCGCGGAUAAAUGUGGUCUUUCUAAGAAUGACUCUGAGCAAAUUCCAUAUGGGAAAACUGAAGAUGAAAGCUUUAAAAAGAAUAAAGAUGAAAUCACUGCAAAUAUUGUAAAAAUGGAAGAAGCGCUUUCGGAAGUGACGCCAGAAAAUGGGAAUGAGGAUUCGGAUGAACCUGCGGCAAAAAUUCCAAAAAUGGACGAAGUGGCUAAUGAAGACAAUGGCUUAGUGCUGCUUGACAUUUGCUGUGGAACGGGAACAAUCGGGCAAAGCAUUCUAUCAGGCUUCCGGCAAAAGAAGGUGUUUUGUGUCGGCAUUGAAAUGAUCGAGUCGGCGGUGGAAGAUGCAAAAAAGAACGCUUUUGAAAAUGGACUUUCGGAAAAAUGUCGGUAUGUCGCUGCUCGCGCUGAAGAUGCUUUCAAAUCGAUAAAAUAUCUUCUACCAAAGGGCUUCCAUCUAGAUAAAUCUGACGUCGUUGGUGUACUCGACCCACCCCGAGCUGGCCUACAAAACUCGGUCAUCAUUGGUUGCAGAGAGAUGAGAACAAUGAAGCGGUUAAUCUACGUAUCUUGCGAUCCAAAUUUAGCCAUGAAGAAUAUUUGCGACUUGUGCAGACCCGCGUCCAACAAAUUUGGAGGCCAGCCUUUCACGAUAGAAAGUAUCAUUCCCGUUGACGUGUUCCCGCAAACGACCCGAUUAGAAUGGAUUGUUACUUUAUCUAGGGCGAAAGGGCGAGAGAAUAUCUUCCCAGGAGCAUUUUGGAAUGCUCCUUCCAUUAUGACUUAUUCAUACGCAUUGGGUAUAUUCACCUGUCGACAGGCGAUCGAAGGCGAAAUAGCUGAACUUCAACUUGCUGACAUUCCUCCGAUUGCGAAAAACCUCUCCGAUCUUGGGAUUGACUCAGCUUUCACUGGUUGUGUGAAACGGGAUCAAAAGUGGACCUAUUUUGAUACACAAGACCCUUGUGACAGUCUUGAUCCUCUUCCUUAUGUGAAAACGGUUCUCCAUGAUCCGAUUUCGUUGAUUGUGGCAAUCGAUGGGAACGCGCCAGAUAAGGAAAAUAUGAUUGCAUUUAUCGAGCAAUACGUCGAGCACAGUCAAAGUGGAGGAAAAACAGAAAUCGUGGCCUUUGUCUAUGGGUGUAAGGCGGGCACGUCGGCUAGACAAUCCUACACUCGUUCGGAAAAUUUUGCCACGCUAAAAGCAAAAUUGGAAGACCAAGUGACAAAAUGUGACGGUGUUGAUCCAGGUUACACGUUUUCGCGCUUACUUUCUGAUAUCGCCUACUAUUUCUAUUCUCCAUAUCCAUCCAUUUCUCCGUCAUACAAUGCACAACCUGUCAUCAUUAUGACUGGACAAAGUAAUGCAAGUGGAGUCGUGCCUCUGACACAGCUGAACAAAGCGAGCCCAGUUGCCAUCGUUUAUUCAGGAACAGCAUUUAACAAAAAGCUUCUCCAACCGAUCGCCAUUCCAUCCACAGCCGUUUUCCCAUUUCCCACAGAUUCCGAUCAUUUCGGAGAUCUUGAAGAUGAUUUGGAUAAUGUUUUCUUUAUCAAUCCUUCCAAAUCUUUUGAUGCGGACGAAAAUCUCGCCGCUGCGGGUCCUCUCGUAAUGGGAACAUUUCUAAUGGGUGGGAUUGCGCAAGUGUAUGAACAAGAUAUCACAUCACAAUCAGAAAAUAAUCCACAAAGGAGGAUCAUGUGUGAGAAGGGAUACGAUUCAGUCACAGAGGUGCCCGAUUCCCUGGGAUGUCCGAGUGAUAUGAUGGCCGUUGGACAAAGAUGUUACUCACUCGAUACGCGAUUACACUCGUAUCAAGCUGCCUUAAAUGAAUGCACCAAUUUGCACACCGAUCAAAUGGGAUCUCUGGCCAUUGUGGACACGCCAACUGAAAUGGAAGCAAUUGAGAAAUUGAUCCAAAAUCAAUCAUUAGCCGACGGGCACUCGCGAUUUUGGAUCGGUUUAAAUGCAAUCAAUUGUACGACAAGUGGUUGUCCCGUAUCUGGACCUGUGGAAGAAGAUUUCACGUGGUCAAAUGGAGAAUAUUUGGAUGAGAACAAGAAUUUCACUUAUUGGAGAGAUGGUUUCCCUAGAUCGUUCAAAGAUGAAUCUUGUGUUGCCUACUCGCAAAAUGAUGGCACUUGGGUUAACAUGGUUUGUGAUUACGAAUUGAUGGCAAUUUGUUGGCGAGACGCAAAAGUGCCCGUGCCGACAACGCCGACGAAAAAGAGA